AUGUCAUACAUUAUAUUAGAGCAAAUACAAGGGUCAGAUAUUUUAUUUUAUGAUAUGUGCAGGCGAUCUUCGUCAAUUAUUCAUGAUGUUCAGGCAUCAACAGCAGAUGAUAGUUUAGAUCAAGGAAGUCAAAGUAAUUUUAAUUGCAACUGGGGGCUAGGUGCAUGGAUUAUUCAUAUUGUUGUGAUUUCAUAUCUUAAAAUAUUUUAUAAUGCUUUUCCAGCAGUUUCACAGGAACUUUCAUGGACACUUACAAAUUUGACAUACAUGCUUAGUUCAUAUAUUAUGUUUCAUUGGGUUAAAGGGAUUCCUUUUGAGUUUAAUUCUGGAGCAUAUGAUAAUUUAACUAUGUGGGAGCAGAUGGACAAUGGUGCGCAAUAUACUCCAGCUAAAAAAUAUCUUACAGCUGUCCCUAUUACUUUAUUUCUUUUAAGCACACAUUAUACACAUUAUGAUUUCUGGACGUUUUUUAUUAAUCUUUGGGCUCUUUUAAUGGUAUUAGUGCCGAAACUUCCCUCUACUCAUCGAAAACGUAUUUUUGGAAUUAAUAAAUUUGAUUUAAAUUAG